AUGAAUUCACAACUGCAAUAUGAACACAAUUCACUAAACUAGGAUUUCCGACAUCAAAUCAAUCUGCUCUCAACUGAUCUAGAUCAUCUACUCUCACUUACGAAAAUUAGAGGUCAGGAUAUACCCUACCCUCGAAUUUGCCAAAAUUGCAAAUAUCCUCACGAUUACGAUAGUCAUCAUAAUUUGGUAAUCAAAUCAUACACAGAAGCAUAAUUUAUAUCAGAUCUUAUAGCUGAACAUGACACCCUUUUUUAAAUCUGUAAUUGGGCUCAUGAAAGUGUAAAAUAAUAAAAUGUGAGGGAGCAAGACAAAGUCUGGAGUAACAUCAUUUCAAAUAACUUUGAUCAAAUUUAAAACUCAUUAGCAGACGAUGAAAAAUGCAUAUUAAAUUCAUUGAGACCAUUUGGAGCGGGAAAAAAUUAAUUUGACUUCAUGCGUUUAUCAACUUUUUAAAGUGAAAAUUGGGUCUUAGCCUUGGAAACUCUCAAUAACUUCUCAAGUCGAGCUUCCCACAAUAAAAUUAAGUUAUUUAAAUGGGCCACAUGUCAAAGUGAUUCGUGGAGCACAAAUAUUUCAAAAUUCAAUGAAACUCUCUGGCUUAACAUUAGAGCUGAUCUGUUUUAUAAGGUUAUGACUGCGCAUGCAGAAAUAUAUCCCAAAAUGAUGAAGUGUAUCAAUUUUGGAAUCAAUAAACCAUACGUAUGGUAACCAAAACGGUAUGAAUUGAAUUGCAAUGACAUGAAUUUCGGAAUUGAAACAUUGGGUAAACUAUUUAUCAUUGAAAUCAUUAAUUAUUUAACAUAAAAAUCAAAAGCUUCUAAAUUAAUUUAAUUGGUUGAAGAAGCUAUUGAUCUUUUGGUCAGUAAACGAAUGAAUCCUUAGUACACAAUUAUAAGAGCCAAUUGCUUUUAUAAAAUUGCUUUAAUGCUUAAUGAUCUAUUGGAUAUCAAUGAAGAUGAUGAAUAUUAAUUCUUAAUAUUGAUUACUAAGAUCAUUUAAAAUAUUGAAACAGAAAUCUUUGACCUUCCUACUAAAUAUCAAUUUUUAAUACAUUUAUUAAGUCUUUUGACCAGACUAAGUACAUUUAAUGAAUUCAUUCAACAAAUAUGCCAAAACAUCCUUAAUUAAUUAGGAAGCUCAUUAUCCUCAAUUUUACAAUUAUUGAUCGAUAAUAAAUUCAAUAAUGUUUUGAUUACUACUAUUACAUUUGCUAGAUUUACUGCAUUAAGCCCUAUGUAGCAAAAUGAGCUAAUUUCUUCUUCAUUUUCUUAAUAUUUUGAUUACAAUGAGAAAAAGAAACAAAUAUGGUUGUUCCUCCCUUAUAUUAUUGAGAAUAUUGACCUUUUCAAAAACACUUUCAUACAAUUACUCUAAGAAUAUCCAGAUUUGGAAGAAUAAGAGAAUUAGUAUUUUCAAAUUUACAUUAAUAAGGAAAUUGAAAGAAUGCAAAUCUUAAUUAAAGACCUUACAAUUCCCGUUUAUUGGUUUACUAAGUAUAUAACAUUUAUACUUGAAGACCCUAACUUAAAUCAAAAAGACAUUUUAAAUAUCAUGGAUGGAAUCCAGAUUAAUAAUCUGCUGUUUGAUGGUCUAGAAAAUAAGAAAUAUAUUUUAGCAUUAAUAGCUAAGAAAUUAACAGAAUUUAAAUAAUUUAUUAAUUAUUUGCUUAAGUGA